GUUUCAUUAGAUUUGGGCCCAUUAUGAGCCUAAGAAAUAAAUAUUGAAGGCCCAUUAAAGUAAGUGCAAAUAGAACACUAGUACAGAGCGUAGAGAGGGGGAUGGGGAUAAUGAAGAGCUGCUUCGUGUUCACGAUGGGAACGGCUUAUGGUGUAUACGUUGCACAGAAUUACAACGUUCCCGAUGUAAAGAAGCUGACGAACACUGUUCGCGUCAUCCUCGAGCACAUCGAAGAGAAUUAUCGGAAACCCAAGAAGGACGAUGUUGUUUGAUUGAUUGAUUGAUUGAUCGAGGUUUUGCCGAUCUCAAUCUGUUUCUUUUUUUUUGUAUUAUUAUUUCAUAAAAUUAUUAACCCGUUUUGAUCGGGAUUUUACUGUAUAAUUCAGGGCUGAUUAUUUGUUUUGAUUCGAAAAUCAAAAAAGUAUGGAUCGUGAUUUUUUUUGUAUACAGAAGAGAGAAUUGGGAUUUUACGCAGAUCAAUUGGGGUUUUCUA